AGAAAGUUGAACUACCUGAUAAAAAUUCUGGCACAGAAAGAACCAUGAGUUGCCACGAUCAUCACGACUGCGAUCACCAUCACGGCACUGUUGCCGAAGAUGACGAUGGUAGCACAUGGGAAAUUGCAAAAGGAAAACGCAAGACCUUUCCAGCGACGAAGACCGCGUAUGCUCACAUUCUAGCGACUUCGAAAGCACAAAAAGCGACACAUGUAUCACCUGAGGCGGAGAUUCUUCAUCCUGACGCUACUGGUACAACUGGGUCUUCGACGAGAUCUUCUACAUCAAGCAGUUCAUCUGCAACAACCCCUACUCCUGCCGAACUCCAGUCGAUUGUGAUGCGAGAUAUUUUGGCAAAAAAAGAAAGUUUUACCAGUACGUCUGGUGAAACAACUGGUGCAGCUGCGGUAAAGGAAAUCCUAAGAGGUCUUGGACGAGAGCUGUCGAGCUCUAGCUCUUCUAGUUCUUUUGAAAUAGAAGAUGCCUCCGACGAACAACAUGAACAACAUGAACAAAACAACAAGGUGGAUCAUGAUGUUUACGACACCUUCGUCGCGUUGGGACUCGGUUCGUUCACUCAAAAUCGCAAUGCUCAAACGCAAAUGGCCUUGCUGCUCUGUCUCAUGGACGAGCUACUCCUUGGGACAUCGCCAUUGUUGAGAACAACAACCUCUAGGACACUCCUGAUUUACGACCCCGUGAUGACAGAGGUUGACAUCGCUGUCGCACAAGAGUUUGGUUUCGUUUUUUCGGAAAAUGCAGAGGCGUGCUGUGGUGCUGCUGAUCGUACAGCAAGUACACGCACUAGUACAACGUUAUCUCAAGAACAAAGCACGAAUUUAUCGCAAACAACCUACACGAAGAGGAACAAGAACAACAAGACUUUCUUCUAUAUGCCGACAUGCAUUUGGCCCGUUUAUGAGCGGGUCUUAGCUAGUGGGAUGGCAGACGUGCUGUUAGGGAAUGACAUUCUAGGUUGGGCGAGCGGUGCGAGUUCUCAGGCUUCUCUGGCAGACAUUGCUAGUAGGCCGAUUCGAAGGCACAAUCGGAUUCAGAGCUUGUGCGAAUGUUCCGCUAGGAACAAAAACAUCCUUGGGCAGGCUUUCGGAUAUUCCUUGGCGAUACAUGUCUUUGAAGACAGGAAAGCAGUGGAAAAGGUUGGUCAUGGUCACUUAUUAACUGAACAAGAAAACCACCUCUACGCAGCACUCUUUGAUGCUGGGAAAUGUACUGACGUACGACAGGGACAGAAUAAGGAAUCAAGAAGCUUUCGCUACAUCGCUUUUCCCCACUCGGUGGCGUCAAUAUUUUUUCCCUCGACCACCUCAUCUACUUCUACGUCGUCUUCUAUUUCUACAUCAAGCACAGCUACGCCAACAAGUGGACGAAACCUCCAACAUGUUGGUGGUAUUCCUUCUUCUACUGAAAGCAUCAAUUCUGCUGUGUUGAUUGGUAGCCGCGUUUGGGUCGAUUUGAAAUCUAUGCAGAUCGACGGCCGAGCUACUGUUGUAGGGCUACACGACAGGAGCAGCUCUUCAUCUAGCUCUAGUACAACAACUACCAGGAGUUGUCUGAAGCUUAAAUUCGACCGCUACGACGACGGAAGAGAAGGCCCAAAACGGAUUCUAGAAACUUUGUCGCAUUCGACAGGCGAUAUAGAAAAAAGGAUAAAAGGGUUACUGCUUCGACAUCAGGCGAAUGGGAGCAAUUUCCCAGUACCAGCGGUCCACCCAACGGUCCCAGUCUACCUCGUCCACGACACUGUGAAUUUUCGACAAUGCUGCGCCAUGCAGGUCAGGCCCGGGUAUGACAGAGUUUUAGAAGUUGGAUGCAGCACGGGCUUGCUCACGGAAGUACUCGUUAAGCAAAGACCGAAGUAUCUCUGUGCUGUGGAUUGCUCUCUGGACAUGGUGCUGAAAACAAGGGAAAGAAUAGUUGGACGAGGGAAAGAAUGUUGGAAGCACAAGGAGAUGCUACAGGAGAAAAAGAACAACGAUCAUAUUAGUAGACCAGAAGAUGUUGAAGUAGAAGAAGAUACAACUGCUCUUGGUCCUCUUGAAGAGAAGCGCGUAUCGAUCCAAGUGGCGGACAUUUUCCUACAACAAGAACUACAUCAAGACGAAACGUUUUUAACAGGGGAAGACUUCACGAUGGCUACCCUGGACAUAGGCGGCGAUCGAGAUGCUGAUCAAGUUGAGAGCGCUCUCUUCACUCUAAUGGCGCGCUUUCCUCGUCUAGAAGUCAUAGUGGUAAAGUGCGAGAAGCUCUGUCAACGAGAGGGAUUUGAGGAAGCUAAGCUGAAAACGAACAAGGUGGAGAAGGUUCAUCGUCGAGGGCAGAUGAAAGCGAAGCCCAGUAGAGGAGAUCAGAACAAGCGGGCUAGAGAACAGUCUACAAGAAGUACUGCUAGUACUAGUAGCAAUGUAGUUCUUGGUGCAGUUCUUGCAGGAGAUGGAGUCUACUCUGAGCAAGAUCAUGAUCACGCUCGCAAGUCACCAGAGUUGGUAGCAGGGUCUUCUGCCUUGUUGAUUAGUCAUGUUCAGUUAAAAAAGAAAAGGCGAAGACAGCGAAAACUCUUGGCGACGGAUUCUACGACAACGACCACUUGAGAUGGAAUUCGAAUCCAAAAGGACACAUCCCUAAUCCAAAAGUACACAUCCCUCCCCGCUCCCUUGUUCCACUAUCAGCUCUAUUUUGCGACAUACUUUACAUAUUUCAAGUACUCGAAAGUCCGAAUAUUUAAGAGUUUCGAUGUUGUGGAUUCGAGGACUUCGUCAUGGUAUAAUUGUUCUUGAUUGCUGCAAGUACAAGAACAAGGCCUGAUAAAUGGAUGCGGGACGAUAUUAAGAUCAUGUUGACAGCAAAACGUGUAAAGAUCCGAACAACAUAAAGAUGUUGUGAGACGGAGAAUCGAAUUCAAAUUUCUCGAGGACAUGAACCACAUCAUACAUCAGCCCAAGAAGAAGAAGAAGAAGUGAGGAUACUUAGAAGAACCAGAAUGUAGUUGAUGAUUGAGG